UUUAAGAGCUCAUACACAAGGCUACAAUGUAGGCUUUGUGCAUGGUGUGGCUUACAUGGGACCUUCCCUCUACUCGACCAUUUGUAGCCUUCCCCAUGUUCUGAUCUGCCGACUGGUGGAUCAUUCCUGCAGCUGCAGUGCGGCUAAUCUGCCUCUGGCGGCUAUCUUCUCUGUUCAUCGUCUAUUAAUGCCUCUUCCAGCUCCAGCUCUCUGCUUAGACAAGCCUUUCCAAGAUGAAGCUCCUGGGUUGGAUGCACCGAAAAUUACGGAGUAAUAAUGAUGUGUUCAAAGACUUCAGCACUGGUGGAGGUGGGACCUGCAAAUGCAUCACCGGACUGGCCUCGCCGGACCCCAUCACCUUCCUCACCUCCGCCAAUGAAUACUUCGCUGACGACGCCUUCGCCACCAACCAUCCGUCGCCGCCUGCCACCGACCACUUCAACUUCGGCGGCAGCGACCUCCUCACCAUCGGCACGCUAGGCAUCGCCGCCGUCGCUGUACCUGGAGACGACGACGACGAUUAUUACUGCAAAGUUGACGUUGACGUCGACGCCGACCUGGACAACAAUGGUGGCACUCACAGUGAGGAAGGCGUCGAUGGCGGCGCGGUCACGCCCAUCUUCACCUACCCCACUGCGCCGGAGACCGACUCCGAUGAGAAGUCGGUCGCUGCCGUCGAGGCCAUCGCGGAGAAGGACGACUACACUACCACGGAGGACGACCUCAUGGUGGUGAGCGCCGAGCUGGAGAAGGUCCUAGGUGGCCGCAACAGCUGCGCCGCCGGAGACAUGGUGGCGUCGGCGCGGGUGAGCUUCGCCAUGGGCGUGGACUGCCCACUGCAGGGCUUCCUGUUCGGCUCGCCGGUGAGCGACGCAGAGUCGCGUCUGGAGCAGCCGCGGGACAGCAGCGGCGGCAGGCGCACCUCGCUUGGCGAGCUGUUCAUGCGCACGCGCUUUGCUGACGAUAAGGUGUCGCUCGGCGCCCUCGAGGAGGGCGAGGACGGAGCCGCCGGUGGAGAGAGGGAGGAGGGGAAAGCAUGUAAAGGCGGCGGCAGUGGUGGCCAUAAGGCGAUGAAGAAGAGGAAGGUGAAGGAUGAGAAAGGCGCCAGCGGUGACGGAGCGCCGGCGAGUGCAACGGUGACUAAGAUCAAGUUUCAGAAGAUCCUUCGAAUCUUCCACAGGAAAGUGUACCCUGAGAGCACGGCCCUGGCGAGGAGCCUGACCAAGAAGUACCGCAAGCGCGGCAGCAGCGCCGACGAGCCCGAGCCGCCGGCAUCACCCAAGCUCCGGUGCCGCAAGAACCAGGGCGUGCCGGGCUUCGGCUGCUGCGCCAACAGUGCCUCCUUCGCCGGCGCCGCUUCUCCCGACGACGGCGAGCACAACGUCGGCAGCAAGAGCGGCCACUGGAUCAGGACCGACGCAGACUAUUUGGUGCUGGAAUUAUAGAGAAAGAGAAAGUCAGAAUCUGUUGGCUGGACAUCAUGAUGAAGCCUAGUGAGUAUAUUGAGUAUGUUGUGUACUUGUGUUUCUGUGCUUACCUCUCUUCAAUCCUUAUCUGUUUGUUCAUGUUACCUGAAUGAGUUGUAUGAGUCAGUCUACACUGUGGAGAAAAGGACUGCGAAUGUAUGAUGAACUUAAUGUAUGUUUGCUUCUUGAUGUUACUGGUGUCUCAUGGACUGAGAAAAGGACUGAUAGCUCUCUUUGUGGGCUUGACCCUCUAA